AUGGAUGAACAAACCCAACCAGCAGGAAAGACUCUUAAUAGAACAUCCACACGCGAGAUUCAUCCCGAGUCUGAAGAUAAAAGUGGACUAUGGCUUCGCUCAUUGACAUUCCUGGGGUGGAGUGAUAUCGCACCUCGAAAAAAGCUAAUAUUGAAACUGGAUAUACUGAUUCUGCUAUUCGGCUGCUUGUCAUUCUUUACAAAAUAUCUGUAUCAGCAGGCGAUAACAAAUGCAUACGUUUCGAGACAUGAAGAUCUUAACCUAGGCGGGAAUGACAUCAACUAUAUAAACGCCGUAUUCUGGGCGUCUUAUUGCACUUCCAUGAUUCCAGCAUGCUAUCGGCUAACUCGGACUCGAUUUAACAUCACUUUGCCGACAUUAGAGGUCGGAUGGGGCCUUUUCACGUUCGGCUGUGCCUGGGCUCAGAAUCUCAACACUAUCUAUGCAAUGCGAUUUUUUCGUGGGGAUCUGCGAGUCGUGCUCUCUUACUGGAGUCAUAUAUGUUAUCGGGUCGUGGUACAAGCCUGGAGAAGUUACUCGACUCAGCGGCAUAUACCUGAAUCAAACCCAUGGCCUGGCCGGAUGGAGGUGGGUUUUCAUCGUUUGCACCAUAAUAUCUAUCCCUAUCUGCAUUCUGUGAGACACUGCAGCCGUACCCUCUGCGAAUCCCUGAAUCUAACAUACGAUCUCAGUGGUUACAUUGUUUUUUCCGAUGUGCCGCAUCGUGUGAAGCCGCGCUUCUUGACAACUGCCGAGCAUUGUCUUGCCAAUGAACGCCUCAAAGGUCUUACAGCCCCAAGCAAACUCAGGAUUUCCAAGGCAAUCUCCAAACGUGUCUUAGGAAGGUGGCACUUUUAUGUCUUCGUCGUUCAUUGGAUCUUGAUGGAUCAAAACUUCAUGCCAUUUUCUACACCAUUCAGACUAUAUCUGAAGGCAAACCCAGAUAUCUACUCCAUUUCGCGGGUCAACACGCUGCCGACCAUUGUCACGGCGAUAUCCGUUGUCGCUGCACUUGCGGUCGGGAUCACUGCAGAUCACCUCCGUAAUUUCUGUAUUCCUUCCGUGGCAACUAGUAUCCCCGUGCUUGUGGGUAUCAUCUUGUUGGUGGUCUAUGAUAUUGGCGAGGUCGGCCGUGUCGCGGCAUUUAUCAUCACGGGUUUCGAAGGAGCAAUCAGUCCUCUCGCCAUGAACUGGGCUACCACUGCCAUGGCAAACGAUGCUGAGGAAAGAGCCAUUGUGACAGCCAGCAUGAGCGCGAUAGGACAGGCCAUGGCUGCUUGGACGCAGAUCUCUCAGUAUUCGGCCGUGAAUGCUCCACGAUUUCGAGCCGGUUUCCUGUCUAAUUUGGUGACGACGGUCUUGCAAUUCGCCAGCAUUGGCUUGAUCGCAUAUCUUGUGCGCAGGGAACAGCGUCGACAGUAA